UGCCCCUCCAUUUUUCUUAUAUAUUCAGCCCUAACCACUGACACUGUAUCUCCUCUUAGCUCAGUCGCAGCCUACGCGCCUCCAGUUUUCGACCUUCUCAUCAUCUACACACCUAUACUGUAUUUCCAUAUACGUAUCGCAAUGGCGGCGGAGGAAGUAGAGAAGGCGCGAGAUUCGAUUUUCCGAGACAUCAGGAGAUAUUACUGUGAGUUCUGUGGAAUUUGCCGAUCGAAGAAAGUCCUAAUCGCCGCUCACAUCCGUACUCACCAUGAGGAAGAAAUUGAGGAGAAUGAGCUGAAUGAAGAAAAGGAGCAUGGCGAGAAACUGAAUUUGUGCGAAGAAUGUGGCGCGAGCUUUCGGAAGCCUGCCCAUCUGAAGCAGCAUAUGCAGAGCCAUUCUCUCGAGAGGCCUUUCGUUUGUUCAGUGGAUGACUGCCACUCCAGUUACAGAAGGAAAGACCACUUGACAAGACACAUGCUUCAGCAUCAAGGGAAAUUGUUUGAAUGUACUUUUGAGGGCUGCAAGGUGACGUUUACAAUACAGGGUAAUAUGACAAGGCAUGUCAAGGAGUUCCAUGAUGGAUCUGCUUCUGCUGAAGUUAAGCAACACGUAUGUUCGGAGCACGGGUGUGGGAAGGUCUUUAAAUAUCUCUCCAAAUUGAAAAAACAUGAGGAUUCUCAUGUUAAGCUGGAUUCGGUGGAGGCAUUCUGCGCAGACUCAGGCUGUAUGAAAUACUUUUCAAAUGAACAGUGCCUUAAGGAGCAUAUUCGGUCUUGCCAUCAACACAUUACAUGUGAUCAGUGUGGCACGAGGCAGCUAAAGAAAAACAUCAAGCGUCACAUGUGCAUGCAUGAAGAAGGGCCUUCCUCGGAGAGGAUCAAAUGUAGUUUCAAGGGAUGCACGCUAACAUUUUCAAAUACAUCAAAUCUCAAUCAACAUAUUAAUUCUGUGCAUCUGGAAUUAAAACCAUUUGUCUGUGGCAUGCCCGGUUGUCACGAGAGAUUUGCAUUCAAACAUGUGAGGAACAGGCACGAACAAACUGGGUGCCACAUCUAUACUCCUGGAAAUUUCGAAGAAUCUGAUUUGCAAUUCCGGUCAAGGCCAAGAGGUGGCAGGAAAAGGAAGUACCCGGUCAUUGAGACACUGUUGCGGAAAAGGAUUGUUCCGCCCAGUGAAUCUGAGAUUAUCAGCAACGAUGAAUAUGAGAACUCAUCAUGGUAAUCCGUUUAGAUGUAUCUCCACGGUAGCUGACUCUCAAUUAUGAUGUGUACAAUCCUAUAGUUCGUAUGUAGGAGUAUAUAAAAUGUCAAAUAGUAUAGCUUUGGGAAGAAAACACUUGUAUUGCUAAAGUUUUGUCUAACUGGUGCAGUGGGUUUGUUUUUGUAUAUGGUUUUUGUUGGUGCAGAUAUAAUUAGUCUUUAUUUAUAUAUC